AUGAAUUGGUCAACGUCAGAUAAAACAAAUUUUCCUCAAUUUCUGGGGGAGCCAUUUACCGAUGUCCUUUCACAACAUGGCAAUCAUCACAGUCAUUUUUCUGGAUUUCGAUUCGAUUCAUCAACACACACGGGAAACAAUGGGAAUUCAAAAUUAGAACGGCAUCCGUUAAUGAUGACUACAUUCAUUUCAUUGUAUACACUAAUAUUUUUCUUUGGUAUAAGUGGAAAUUUUCUCGUUGUUCUUGUCGUAUGUCGAAAUAAAACAAUGCAAACGGUCACUAAUGUAUUCAUUACUAAUUUGGCAUUUUCCGAUAUUUUAAUGUGUUGUCUAGCUGUUCCAUUUACUCCGAUAUCAGCCUAUGUACCCAGCUGGCAUCUUGGACGUGUUUUAUGUCAUAUUGUACCAAUGUCAUUAGGAAUAUCAGUUUACGUAUCAACAUUAACAUCCUUAGCUAUAGCUGUGGACAGAUAUUUCGUUAUUGUACAUCCAUUUCGUUCAAGGAUGAAAUUGAGUGUUUGUAUUCUAUUAAUUAUUGUUAUUUGGGUUGUGGGUAUAUCGAUAUCAUUACCACUAGCCAUAUAUAUGAGACUUGAAAAAGGAAAGUGUGAGGGAUAUUGGCCUCAACAUACAUCAAGACGUUUUUUUAAUUUUUCCUCGUUGAUCCUUCAGUAUUUGAUACCGUUCAGCGUUAUUUCCUUUAGCUACUGCAAAGUAUGGUUAACAUUGACUCGACGUCGAUUACCCGGUCGAACACGUAUUCGAGAAGAAAUUGAAAUUUGUCGGAAAAAACGGACUAAUAGAAUGUUGAUAGCUAUGGUUGUUAUAUUUGUCAUCUGUUGGCUUCCAUUAAACAUUGUUCAUAUGGUAUCAGAAUUUCAUCGUGAAGAAUUAAACAAAAAUUAUAAAACAUUAUUUUUAACCAGUCAUGUUAUUGCCAUGAGUUCAACAAUUUAUAAUCCAUUUUUAUAUGCUUGGUUGAACGAUAAUUUUCGUAAAGAAUUUCAACAAAUUGUUCCAUGGUUUUUUAAACUAUGUGUAUGCUGUAACACUCGUCGUACUAUCAUUGUAUCUGAAGGCGAAUAUUGUGAUCGUCCAUCGGCAUUUCAGUUGCCACAAGAGAUAACAAUGGCCACUGGUCUAUCAACAAAGAAAGAUGAUAAUUCACAUGGUUAUAAUGGAAAAGAAAAUGGAUCAGCAGCAUUCAUACCGAAAAAAACCACUGUGAAAAUAUUAGAUAAGGGAAAACAAUACAAAAUAACGUCAAGAAAAAAAUCCGAUCCUGAUUCACCCUUAAUUCAUGUAUCUCUACCACAAUCAGAUUCGAUACCCUUAUUAAUGACAACAUCAAUUCCAAUCACCACCAAUGACCGGAAGUCUAUCUCGAAUACAGUCGUAUGA